AUGUCCUGUGCAUCGACGGGCUCACAGGUAGAAGAGCACUGCCAUUUAUCUCAAACGCUGGACGCGUUGUCCGACCAGGACGUCACAACGCCGCGGCGUGGCGAACCAGAGGCGGCAACCCAAGCAAAGCCCGAUGCGAAGCUUAUGCUGCCCGUCGGAAAACGGGGAUCAUCUGUGGCUUGGUGCGACAUUCAAGACGAGGAGACUCUCGUCGACAACAACUGGCUUCCCAGCCACUUGGAGCCGCAGCCGACAAAGGCGGCAGAGACGGCCGAAGUGAAGAGCAGCUUCGGCAAGAAGCAAAAGCCGCAAAAGAAAGUUCGAGACGUGAGCUCGCGUGUGGAAAGAGAGGCGAAGACGCCGGAUGCUGGAUAUGCCCGCCAGCAAAUGCCAGUACACCCAGCGUCACCGGCUGGGGCUGAUAGCUCUUCCCAGGUGGUGACUCUUGGAGACCUCGGCUUACAUUGUACAGCAUGGAACCAGGCGGCUCACGGGAUGCCACCGGACCUUCGCGGUCCCCCGAGCGGGCCGGAGGUUCAAUGGAUGCCCGGGCAAGGAAAGGGCGCUUUGCCACCGCCCAGCGUGAUGAGCACGGCCCCCAUCGACAGCGGUCGACACCCGGUCUUGUUGCCACAAGCGGCCUUGGGCACAUCUCCAGCAGCUGCAGCCGCUGCGCUUCCUCCGCGCUUUGGUGACGCGUCAACUCGAUUCUGUCCAGGUGCUUCGCCGACAGUUCAAUUCGGCAACGCCUCGAUCAGGUUUAUACCUGCAGGCUCUCCAAUGGCAAAUCCACUUGCGGCAGCGACUCCCACCGUUGGUGUCUGA